ACUUCCUUGUGGUUUUGGAGAAGGAAGGGGGCGGAGCCCGGGAAAAGCAGCAGACUGUUGAUAAGAACUUCCUCCUUCCUGUCAUGGCGGCGACAGGAAGGACAUUCAUUGUCACCGCCGCGUCCGCUCAGAGGAGCCCUCACGCUUGGCAGGUUUGUUUGUAAACGUGACACGCGCCGCCAAGAUGGCCGCAUUCGUCGCUGAACGACAGGGCUUUUAUUGUGAAAGGGUGUGGAAGCUCCUGUGUCCUUUGCCGAAGAAUGUGGAAGGACCGGUAGUGUCACACUUAAUGGCUCGCACCAUGGCGCCACCCAUUGGGCCACCGCCACCUGUGUGUUUUUGAGUUUGUGUGUGGGCGGAGCCUCACAGCGUGCUGGGAAAGGGCCACAGAAUAGUCUGAUCGACAGCUGGAGGAGUGCACGUUGCAGGUAUCGCCACACGGGAACUACUUGGACUUGGACGCCUCGCUGUCGGAGCAGAGAGACGAGCUGGACAACUUCUACCAAGACGUGGCGUAAGGAGUCAUGUGACCUGUUCAAGUUUGAUUGACACACAUUGAAAAGCUCCUCCCACUAGCACCAUGGUGAACGACUACACUACCCACAAGCUCCCUGCUGCUUCCAUGACUCUGUAGAGGCAGCAUCAUGAGAGCUCAGCUCAGCGAGACUCCUUCUGCUUUUUCUUCGGCUUUUUCUGUCUGUCCUUGCAACACUCUGUCCACAUGUACGUUUAUUCCAGCAUGCAGCAUCCCAUGAAAUGACAUUCUGGAAUGUUCCAAUGCCGCUGUGUGCGUAAUGUGAUGAUGUCACCGAGAAAAUGUGCUGACUUCCUUUUUUAGCUCUGAAACAAACGUUCCUUCUUUCUUGGCUUCCUGUCGCCGCCCCCACCCCCACCCCGUUCCCCUCCGCCUCACCCCCGUUUCCACAUUUCCAUGCCCUCAUCCUGGCACACUGGUGUCAUGUGACAUUUUUAGAACUUGGAUCAGCGCACACAGACUCUAAAGAUCAUUCUCGUUCAUAGUGCACACAUUCUCGUCAUUGUCAUUAUCGUCAACAUUAUAUCAUCGCCCUCCUACUUUCACAAUUGUGUGUGUGUGUGUGUGUGUGUGUGUGUGUGUGUUGACAGGAAAGGGAGAAAGCCCGUCUUGGUCCUGAGGACACAACUGUCAGUGCGAGUCCACGCCAUCCUAGAGAAGCUGUACAACUGUCACGGCCCUGAGCUGCGCCGCUCGCUCUUCUCGCUCAAACAGCUCUUCCAGGACGAUAAGGACCUGGUCCCCGAGUUCGUGGCGUCCGAGGGCUUGACCUGUUUCGUUAAAGUUGGCGCGGAGGCCGACCACAACUACCAGAACUACAUCCUCAGAGCGCUCAGUCAGAUCAUGUUGUUUGUGGACGGCAUGAACGGCGUGAUCAACCACAGCGAGACGGUGCAGUGGCUCUACACCUUGACAGGAAGCCAGUCUCGACUGCUGGUCAAAACGUCCAUGAAGCUGCUCAUCGUCUUUGUGGAGUAUUCAGAAUCCAACAGUCCUUUGCUCAUCGACGCUGUCAACGCUGUGGACGAACGGAGAGGUGUGAAGCCGUGGUCGUACAUGAUGGACGUCCUGCACGAGAGAAACGGCGCCGACAGUGAGCUGCUGGUGUUCGCCAUGACGCUCAUCAACAAGACGCUGGCGGCGCUCCCGGACCAGGACUCUUUCUACGACGUGACUGACUGUCUGGAGCAGCUGGCCAUGGAGGCUGUGGUCCACAAGCACAUGAGCAGCAUGGCCGUUGAGCCCGACCUCCGAACGCAGUUUGCCAUUUACGAGACAGCUUUGAGGUUCGAGGACGGCGACAUAAACGACCCCUCCCCUCACCUGCGUAAAGAGCGUCGAAAGACGGCUGCCAGCGAGCAGGAAGGUCGGCGUAGUCGUCGAUCGUCCAGUCAAAACAUUCCGGACCUUUUGGCGUCUUCUGCGGGCUCCUCCCCUUGCACCUCCCCCAUCCCAUCAGCCUCCCUCACCGCCACCAGCAGCCCUCUUUCACCUUCCCCGUUAACCUCUGAACCCAGCAGCCCUGCCUCCAGCCCCUCUGGAUCCCUGAGAGGGUCACCUCUGCCCUCCAAUGGUGACUCCAACGACACUCUGAUGGCGGAGCACGAGCCGAAGACGCCGUCCAGCCCGAGUCGCUCUUUCCUCAGCCACCACAUGUCCGCUCUGGGUUUGAGCAGGAAGUCCAGACUCUUUUCCAAAGCCAGCUCCAUUUGUGAGGACCCCUCCACCCCCUGCAGCUCGUUACCCUCUAGCACGGAGAAAUGUCCAGAACAUCAGAGCAGCACCAAGAUGACUUUCAACGAGGAUGACCUGUUGCAGUGCCCAGACGACUGUAACAGAAAUGUGGAGAAGCCAGUUCUGAGGAAGUUUGAAGACAACUUCCUGCGCAGUCUGGCCGCCACCCAGUUAGAGAAGAAGAGGCGGAGUAAACACCUGAGCCGCUCCAAGCUGUCCUCAUCUGAUGAUGUCAUCACCCUGAACCCACAGCCAGUGGAGCACAGUGGCGGCGGUGACGGAGGACUUCCUACUAAUGGUGUGACAUCCGUUCCCGCCCAGCACAACACGGGGGCCGUGCAGAGACAGUGCAGCACGCUGUCCAAUGACAAGAAGUUCCUGCUGGACAUGCUCUUCUCUAAGGCCUCUGACCAAGCUCCUCCCAGUCCGACCGCUGCCCCGGACGAUGCUCUUGAGGAUGGCAACUUCCUGCCUGCUGAUGGAGGUCUUGGGGGGCGGGGCCGGGUGUUGGAGCGCCUCUCCAGCCUCCGAGCGCGCUCAGAGGAGGCGGUCAGCCCCAGUGAGAGCAGCGCCUCCCGCAGGGCGGAGCUUGAAGGACUGGAAGGCUCUGCUCAGGUGGCACUGGCCCGCCUGGCAGAAGAGCAGCAGAAUCGUUACCUGCGGCAGCAGAGCAGCAUCGACGUCGAGAGCCACGCCCACCGCCUGGAGACCACCCAGAUGAUGCCGAUGGGUGCCGGGGGGCCCGCCGACGCUUGGGACCAGCUCCAGCCGAGCAGCGCCACCCUGCGCAUCAAAGAUCUGGACUUCUCUGACCUCCUGGACGAGGAAGACAUUGACGUGUUGGACAUGGACACCUACGACUCCUCCUCCUCUGCUCCGCUUCUGUUAGGUUGUCCUCCUCCACCUCCUCCACCCCCUGGCGGCCGAGCACCUCCUCCACCGCCUCCCCCUGGCGGUCCAGUGCCUCCUCCACCUCCUCCCCCGCUUCCCCCUGGUGGUCCGGCUCCCCCUCCCCCUCCUCCUCUACCUGGUGCCCCCCCUUUGCCUCCGUCCUCCCUAACGGCAACAGCAGCAGUGGCGGCGACCUUCCCGAGGAAGAAGAAAACUGUCAAGUUGUUUUGGAGGGAGCUGAAGCAGGCCGACGGGCCCAAACAGUGUCGCUUUGGCCGCGGGACAGUGUGGGCAUCUUUGGACAAGGUGCAAGUGGACACUGCCCGGCUGGAGCAUCUGUUUGAGUCCAAAGCCAAAGAGCUGCCGGUCGCCAAGAAAGCAGCUGAGACCAAGAAGUCGGAGAUCCUGGUCCUGGAUCCAAAGCGCAGUAACACCAUCAACAUCGGGAUGACCGUCCUUCCCGCCGUCCACGUCAUCAAGACUGCCAUCCUCAACUUUGAUGAGUUUGCCAUCAGCAAGGAGGGAAUUGAGAAGAUCCUGACCAUGACGCCCACAGACGAGGAGAAGCAGAAGAUCCAGGAGGCCCAGUUGGCCCAUCCGGACAUUCCUUUGGGGACAGCAGAGCACUUCCUUUCCAGCCUGGCCUCCAUCAGUGCCUUGACCCCCCGCCUGCAGCUGUGGUCCUUCAAACUCAACUACGAGUCUCUGGAGAAGGAGAUCGCAGAGCCACUCUUCGACCUAAAGCUGGGCAUGGAGCAGCUGGCGUCCAAUCGGACCUUCAAAAAAAUCCUUGCCACACUUCUCGCCAUCGGAAACUUCCUCAACAGCUCCAACGCUAAAGGUUUUGAGCUGCCGUACCUGGAGAAGGUGGUGGAGGUGAAGGACACGGUCCACAGACAGUCUCUGCUGCAUCACACGUGCACUCUCAUCACUGACAAUGACCCGCAGUCCUCUGACGUCUACUCCGAGAUCCCCGCCAUCACCCGCUCUGCCAAGGUGGACUUUGAGCUUCUCUCUGAGAAUCUGGUCCAGCUGGAGAGACGCUGCAAGGCAUCGUGGGAAAGCUUAAAGGUGGUGUCCAAACACGAGACAAAGACAUUGCUGAAGAACAAGAUGGCUGACUUCCUGAAGGACUGCACACACAGGAUCGUUAUCCUCAAGGUCGUCCACAGGAGAGUCAUCAACAGGUUCCACUCCUUUCUGCUGUUUCUGGGUCAGCCGUCAUCGUCGGUGCGUGACACCAAAGUAACGGACUUCUGCCGCAUCAUCAGCGAGUUCUCGCUGGAGUACCGCACGACGCGAGAGAGGGCGCUCACGCUCAAACGCAAGCGGGCCGCCCACCGAGAGAGAACCAAAACCCGUGGCAAGAUGAUCACCGAGACGGAGAAGUUUUCAGGGGCGGUGCCCCCUUCCGACAGCCAUGCCACCAUGGAGGUGGAGCCCAGCGUGGAAGUGGAGCAUGAGAGCAUGACUCACAUGCUGACCAGCGGCAUCCUGAGCGAGGAGCAGCGAGGUGUCAGGCGCUCCCGAGCUGUCCGCAGUCUCGGCAGGCUGAGUCCGUCUCCCAUGUCGACGCCUCAGGAUGCCGAAAGCGUCUCCCAGAACGACCCCACAGACGAAAUCAUGGACCGACUCGUCAAGUCGGUGACCCAGAACCCCUCGGCCAGAGUGCCCAGUCCCAAAACUCGCAAACGCUCCCGUCUGAACAGGAAAUCCAUGAGGAGGACUCUGAAGAGCGGCCUCAGCGUGGAUGUGGUGCAGGCUCUGGGACUCGACAAGAACCCCGUCUGACCUCACACUGGCUCGCAUGGACACGAUGGAGAUAUCGUCAGUGAGCGAUCUUAGGGGGACCUUGACAAGAGCCAAAGUCCAGUGUGGUCGCGACGUCCAUCUUUGAGCUUUUCAGAGUUACAUUUAUUGUAACUUUGGAAAGUUCUGUUUUUAGUUAAACUUGCCAAAACUUGAACUAUUUUAAAAGCGGAAUUCGAAAUUAGAAAAUGGGUGUUUUUUUGCUUCACUGUCAGCUUUGAACUGAUAUUUCUUUCACUAAGUGUGUGUGUGUGUGUGCGCGUGCGUGCACCUGUGAGAGUUGUUGUUGCACGUGUGCACUUGCUUUUUGGCUAAUGUAUUUUUGCACUUUUCAGCACGAAAGCUUUUUUUUCAGGUUUUUAACUUAAAUGAGUUAAACGUUAUUGUAAAAUGUUUAUUGGGUGAACACUUUUAAUAAACGACC